UAAAUAUAAAUAAACACAACUGUUUUGUUGUUAUAUCACAGUUGAUUGGGAAAAGUUCAGGAAGGCACGGAGAACUUAAACAGAUAAUAAGAGACUUGGACUUCUGCGUCAAUGAGAGCCAUAAUAUGGGACCUGACAUGAUGUAUAACACGUUUCCAUUUCUCCGAUUUCUUCCACUUCAACACACGAGAAAACUAGAGGAUCUACGAAAAGCAAAGAAUCGAAUGAUGGAUAUGCUAGAGAAAAUAUCGAAUGAUCAUCCCGAAAAUACAGGUGUAUAUCAGUCCCUAAAACAACUGCUCCAAGAACGCGAUACAUCCGGGCAACGAUGGUUCAAUGAAAUUAACCUGUGGUGUUUAAUUGUCAACAUCGUCUCGGCAGCAUACUUAACGUCAAGAGGGACGCUGCUUUCUCUUAUACAAAUUCUGGCAAAACGACCCGACCUCCAGAAGUCUAUACAAAUAGAAAUCGACAAUGUGAUUGUUGUUGCUAGGAAACCCGAUCUACAAGACAGGCAGCAGUGCCACCUGGUGGAAGCCGUGAUUUUGGAAACACUUCGUUAUAUUCCGGUUGUUCCCAUCACCUUCCAUAACACACUUGGGGACACAGAGGUCAAUGGUGUCUUCGUUGAAGAGUAUACCACGGUUGUUUGCAAUUUUUGGACUGCACUUCAUAAUGAAAAAGAAUGGAAAGACCCCUUUACUUUUAAACCUGAGAGGUUCCUACAGGAAGAUGGAAGUUUGUUACCUUCUACUGAUCCUGCAAGAAAGAGGAUGGUUGCAUUUGGAUUGGGAAAGCGUAGCUGUAUCGGUGAGGUGUUUGCUAAGUCCCGGAUGUUCCUGUUUGUAGCUACACUUCUACAGAGCUUUUCAAUCCUGGAACCAGAGGACAAAACACUUCCAGAUCUUUUACCUGAUAAAAUGGCACCUGGAGUUGUUUUGCAACCCAAUCCAUAUAAAAUUCGCUUUGUUUCGAGAAAAGAAUAGAAUAUAUACAUUCAGUUUACACGCAUACAGCUUCAUAUUGGUCUGAUUGAUUUCUAUGUAUACAAUCAUAUAGUCAACAAUAUGUUCGGGUUCAACCUAGGUUCAUAUUCUUCACUAAGGGUUUUCAUCUUCAGCGAUAGACCUUUUUGUUAUUCUUAAUUUGUUUUCUUUUAUUUUUUUUUUCCUUACCGAUUUCGUACAAGCGAUUUUUUUCAGAAACAUCUUGCUCCAUUUUCAUGAAACUUUCAGAUCUAGUAGACCAUUAAAAAAUCUAGAGUGAGAAGAGAGAGAAGAUAAGCAGGUGCGCGGUGCUGGCGUUGCAGUACUUUUCCCAGGGGUGUCGUGUGAGUUAGUUAGAGUUAAGGUUUGUGGGUUGUGAAUGAUUUCUGUUUAUCUUGAAUGGACAAAAUCUCAGAGAUGAAAGCAAGAGUUAAUAAAUUGAUGUCGUAGUUGUGAUAGAAUCUCAUGUUUGUGGAAAGGAGUGAGGAGGCCUCGUGAGAAAGGAAGAGAGUGAGUUUGACUGUGAAUAUAUGCAGAAGUAUUCUAUUAUUACAUGUAGUGUUGUAAAUAUGUAAAUAAACUUGUAAAUACAUGAAGAAAGUGAUUAUUACCAGUGACCAAAAGGACGGGAAGGGCCCCCGUCACAAAUUAGUGAAAGACGAACGGUAUAUGUGUAAUGUGUUAUAGGCCGACAUAUUACAUGUAUUAUGUGCUAACUAAUUCAACGUUUAUUGAUAUAUUUAAGGUUCAGAUUCAGGCUCUUGAUAUUUUCAAAAUAAGAAUAGUAAACAUAAACAAAUUCACAACUGGUUCCGUUUCGUUCCGUAAAAUACCAAUACCCACUACAAUAUUGGUACUUUGCGAAACGGAACGGAACUACAAGCUUAUAUUUUGUCUAAAAAUAUUUUUUAUAGGGCCUGGCUAUUUUCUCUACAGAGAACUUAGAAUGAUUGUUUACAUUUUGGACGGUAUUUGUCUAUGGUUAUGUUGAUUAUACGAGUAACUGAAAUUUGUUUGUUUGUAUGUUGUUUAACGUCCCUCUCGAGAAUUUUUCACUCAUGUGGAGACACAACCACUUGCCGGUAGAGAGCUGCAAAUUUUGUCCUAUACUCGGCACUUACGGCCAUUGAGCAGUGAGGGACCUUUUUUCGUGCCAGCACCUACUGCGACACGGGACCUCGGUUUAUACGGUCUCAUCCGAAGAACCGGUCUCCACGUCCCACAGUGGGAUUCGAACCCGCGACGUAAGGAUCAACUCCUUACUCCGCGACUCUAGAGCAUAACUGAACUUUGAGAGUGUCCUAAGAAUUAUUAUUAAUGUCUCUACAGUCUUACGAUUUAGUAAAGUAAAAGAAAUUCUCUUCUGAAUUAUUACCGCAAUUUUAUUGGAUGCUUACUGGAAAUGGCUUUUACGCACUAAUUGUAGAACCAGUAUGGUAGAAAAUACGGAUCUCCGGAUAAGAUGCUACAUACGCCGACAUACGUGUGCACUUAGAGAUACAAAACUUUAUGAAUAAGAUGUCUAGACUAGAUUAAAAAUUAUAGUUUAAUUAAUGAGUUUUAUAGAUGUUUUUUUAGUAAAUAAAGUAA